UCUAAUGUCAACGCAAACAAAACUAUGUCAAAAUUAUUUCCAAAUUCUUUGUAAUAACAAAAACAAAUCCUCUUAAAAAUACAGAAAACCGAUGUUUUUAACUUAAUUAAUCAAUAUAGUGAAAAUUGGGCGUGAUGGCUGAAACGAAUAGUCAAAAUCCCAGUAAUGCAACAACACCUACAACUGAAGAUAGGUCAAGCGGUAACUGGUGGGACUCAUGGCUCACAUCCGCUAAGAGUAAGUCCGCAGAAGUGUAUACAAUGGUGAAGAAAGACUUGGCUGAGAUUGGAACAGCUGUCAAAAGCGAGGCAAGCCAUGUCUUCAAUUCAACAUCAACGGCUAUAGGAGAGACUUGGAAGAUGGCUGUACCCGAACCACAAACAAAUGCUAUGAAGAAAAGUAUCAGUAGCUUUAUAGGUCAAGUAAGCACUGUUUUGAACCCUGAGCCUGAUGAUGAAGACGACACCGAAGUCAUUCUCUCAUCCGGUGACACGACCAUGCUUUCUACUUAUAAGAAAGAACUGGAAUCCCUCCAACGGGUUGACGCGACAUACAUAGUACCUCCAGACAGGCUUCAUUUCACAGCCUGGAGAGAGAGCUUAGAGACCGAUGACGUCAUCUCUCCCGUUGCAGCCGUCAAGAGACUUAACAACAGUCCCAUACUCAAGACCCAGUAUGAGAAAUUGGUCCCCGACGCCUGCUCACAUGAUGAGUUUUGGGAGAGGUAUCUAUUCCGAGUGGCGUUACUCCAAGACCGUCUGGCUGCCAUGUCUCGCAAAGUACCCGCAGAUCUGACAACUGACGAUCCGGUACUGGCUCAUUUGCCGCAAGAAAUCACACCUAUACAGACGAGUCCAAAAAAAGUUCUCUCUGGUUUAACCGAAACCCCUGACGUAGACAAUGUUGUCGCCUGGGAAGAUGAAGAUUUCGCUAAUGACGUCGAGCUGACAGAGGAGCAGCAAAUUUUACUUCUAGAGGAAUACGAAAGGGAAAUAACAUCGAAAAAACAGAAGCAAACUAAAGAUGUUGCCAAUAACAACGCAGAGACGCCCGUAAAAGUUGCCACACUUAAAAAUAAAUCCCCGAAUAAAACUAAGUCCGACGAAUGUGGGAAUUUAGUUGAAGACUACUUUGGUGAUAAGGAAGUGAAAGAUGAUGCAAGCGCUAAUUCAGAUGAGAGUUGGGAAAAAGAGUUUGAAAUCGAAGAACCGGUGACCCAAAAGGCCUGACUAUGGUCGGGUUUUUUUGACGAUUAGACCAAUCGGAAAUAGAACAUGGAUAUUGGACUCGGCUCUAUGGAAUUUUGUUUGUCAUGGUUCAAGUAUUACGUAUGCAGAUUUACUGCAAUUUACCCCCCCCCCCCCUCUUCUCUUGCCAGCAAAAGUAAGCAAAGCUCUCAAAAAUAAUAGUACUUAAAUGUAUUAUGUUUUUGUGGGAAUCAUCGUAAAUGCAUUUCAUUUUCAAGCAUAGACAAUGUGUGGUUAAUGUGUGUUAAAAAGCAAACAAUAAUCACCAAAUAAGAAAAUCAAAGACCCCCCCCCCCCCAUAUAGUGCUGACGUAAUACUUGAAUAGCCUGGUUUUAUUUUUGAUUUUCAUUUCGUAUAUUUUAAACAAAUUAAUAAUACGUUAAUUAGGAUCAGUGUAUAGUACAGUAGGUUUUAAUAGCAGACAUCUUGACAGUUAUUUACGUUUUAUAUCAAUUAAAUUAGAUUUCAACGCUUGUAUUUCAAUCGAUUAAUUCAUCACUGUUAUUGCUCAGUCCAUUAUCAAUGCUUAAUAACUCUCUAGAUUAUCUCUGCUAAACUGUCAGUUUGACAUUUCAUUGACUUUUUUGACAAGAGAUGAAUUAAUUGGGAAGUCAAAAUGCUUGAUUGUGGAGCCAACUUCAACACAACCGUGUAUAUGUCGCAGGCAGCUUAGUAAGCCGUUUAAAUAACAGCCUAGCCUCUUAACUUCGCCGUUUAACUAGUGGCCUUAAAGAUAUUCAGCCAGUUGAUCAAACAGCUAGGCAAAUGACAUGGAUCGAUGAAGUUUCAUUACUUGCUGAGCCGAGUUGACUGUUAAUUUAAAUUUAGUUCCACUUUCUGCCACCCUUUAAUUUGAAACGACUCUCUUUAAACUGUCAAUAUGGCGUCGGCAAACCACAGCGUUGAUGGUGUUUUCCAAAGUUUAAUAAAAACAACUCAAGCAAUUUAAUAUUUAAAGAAAUAUCUUUCAUGCUAGACGUUUCAUCUCGUUUAUUUCUGCCAAUGGGUCAAUCUAUCGUACGAAUGGUCUAAGCAUUAGCCAGUUUGUUAAAUGUUCUUACAAACGUUACGGCUGAAUAUAUUUAAGGCCGCUAGUUAAACGGCGCCGUUUAGUUAAAAGGCUAGGUUGUUAAUUGAACGGCUUAUGAAGCUUGUAUAUAAAAACCAUUAUGAAAUUCGUUUGUCUUUUUUUUUCAGUAAUAUAAUCGAGUUUUAUAUAUUUUUUGAGACGUGUUACGUCAAAAAUAUAUCUUGACGAUAUAUUUUACUAAAAUUGUGAAAAAAAAAACAUACGCACUUUUAUUUUAUGCUUCCAUUUAUUUAUUAUAUAAUUUUAAUGGUUGUUAAAGUAUAUUUUAUAUAUAUUUUUUUGGGUUUUGAUAUUUUUAUAGUUAUUUCUCCCAUGAUGACUGAAUUUAGAAUCCACUCAGUUUAUGGGUUAAUACGUCAUACAUUAAUACAAUGCUUUCAACUCGAUAUCCCCUUAUCACCACUACCAUUUAUGGUUGUUUCUCUAGUUUUUUGGAGGAUUUCAUUAAUUUAAGAUAAAUUUUGAUAAGGCAUUUCUAAGUUUUGUUUAAUAUCUGCAGUACGUUAUACCCUACGUCUAAGAUUUACGAUAAGUAUUAGAAAAUCUAAUUGUACAUUAAAAUUGAUAAAAUAUUCGUGUUGUAUGAAAUGUGAUAAUUAAUUCGCUUUUAUUUAGUACUGGCGGUUUUUUGUCACAAUCGUGCCCAAACUAUUUGGCAUUGACAGAUGAAAAGUCAAACGGCGCCAUCUUGGACUUGUCUUUACUAUAUAUUAAACGGUUAACUGUCACAAUUAUAGAUUUUGGGCCGUAAAAUAGAUGUUAUUUAAUUAAAAAUGUUUACAAGACAAUAUUCUGGCUUAAGUGCGGUAUGUCAUGGUGUGCAAUACUAGUAAUUGUUUGAAUUUGUAAUUGAAAAAACUAUUUUCCUUUUAAAAAUAACAUUUAAUAAUAGAUAAGGUCUCGUUCCAAAUGUCGAGAUUUCUAUCGAUUCAUCAAGAAUACCGUGAAGUUAUAAACACGUUCGAAUAUUUAGAUUACGAAACUUCAACGUCAAAUUAUUGUAUGGAAAUUGUUAGUAGUCUGUGUAGACACCAGUGGCCCGCAACAUACACAAGGCGUUUUCAUUGGAAUUUAAUAUAAACAAUAUAAAUGUCCAGUAGUCAAACAUGGAACUACUGGUUUCUGGGUGUCUGAAAAAUGUAAUUAAGUUUUUGGUGGAAAAAUUGUGUUUGCACACCAAUGUGUAUUUUUAAAUUCGUAGUGCUUAAGUGACUCUGAGUUGGUUAGACGUCGUUACGUUUGUAAAUUAUGAUAACGAAACUAUAAAUAAAAGUUAUUAAAAAUUGUA